CGAGCUCUUGGAGGAGCGCUCUCUUCUCCAGCAGCUGACAAAAGGAUGGGAGGAUGCCAGAGCCCCGGGAUAUGGGCACCGUGCAGACCUGCGGGCUUCUGAGCGACUUCACCCUCCGCCGGAAAUGUACCCAGGGCUAGCUUUGAGAAAAUAUACAAAAUUGGACUGUUGUUGCUGUGAUUUCCUAAACAACUGCUGUAUUUCAACUGAGCUUUGGCAAAGCAAGGAUGUGAACAAUUACACAGGUGGGCUACUCAGGGGGAGUGAAGAGAUCAGGCAGCCAAUCAGGGACUGGCAACCUCCAGCACUGCCAACAUGCCCCUCCAGCAGAUUUCUGUAAUCCCAGCGAGGGAGACUGCCAGCAAUGGGAGAAGUUCAUUGGGCAGAAACAAAGAGAAGAACAAGAAAGUGGAGAAUUUCAGAAAUUGAAAAGGGAUAAGUGGAAGGAGAAAAUGUUGGGCUGGUGUGAAGCGAUAGCCCGUAACCCUCACAGAAUCCCAAACAGCACAAGGACACCAGAGAUCUCAGGGGAUCUGGCUGAUGCAUCACAAAACUCAACCUUGAAUGACAAAUCCCCAGGACGUUCUGCAAGUCGAUCAAGCAACAUAUCCAAGGCAAGCAGCCCAACUACAGGAACAGCUCCCAGAAGCCAGUCCCGGCUGUCUGUCUGCCCAUCCACUCAGGACAUCUGUAGGAUCUGUCACUGUGAGGGAGAUGAUGAGAACCCCCUUAUUACACCAUGUCGCUGCACAGGAACCCUACGGUUUGUUCACCAGGCCUGCCUGCAUCAGUGGAUCAAGAGUUCAGACACCCGCUGCUGUGAACUCUGCAAGUAUGAUUUCAUCAUGGAGACCAAGCUGAAACCACUCCGGAAGUGGGAGAAACUACAGAUGACAACAAGUGAAAGAAGGAAAAUAGUCUGCUCUGUCACAUUCCACGUUAUUGCUAUCACCUGUGUCGUGUGGUCAUUGUAUGUGUUAAUAGAUCGGACUGCUGAGGAAAUCAAGCAAGGCAAUGACAAUGGUGUCCUUGAAUGGCCAUUCUGGACAAAACUGGUUGUGGUAGCCAUUGGCUUCACAGGAGGCCUCGUCUUCAUGUAUGUGCAGUGCAAAGUCUAUGUGCAGCUGUGGCGCAGGCUGAAAGCCUACAACCGCGUGAUCUUUGUGCAGAACUGCCCUGAUACUGCCAAAAAGCUGGAGAAGAACCUCCCUUGUCACGUGAGCACAGACAUCAAGGAUGCUGUAGUGGUGCCUGUGUCACAAACGGGUACAAAUGUACUGCUGACCACAGAGAGUGGAACCCCAGAAGUCAUACCGGUCUGAUAGAACCAGCUGACCUUGUUUCACCAGAAUCUGAAAUGUUUUCCAGCCCUCAGUGACUUGAGAGCAGAAGUGAUUUUGCAUUGUUUCCCCAUCCCAACCCUAGCUAACUACUCCUUACCUUCCUUCCACCAAAAGAAAAGAAAAGCGGCAUCAGAAGAAAUAAGCAAAUGACCAGGUUCCCACAAAGCGGGCCUAGAGUGGGAUGUGGACACGUAUGUAUAAAGUCCUUUCUGAAAGACUCCGUGACAAGGUAUGCUUUCUAAUACAAAUAUCAAGAAGCUAACUGGAAACUCGUCACUGGUCACCAUAACAAGAGGAAAGUGGGGGAAGGAUAAAGACUUGAAUUUCAAUGUGUAUUAUUAUUUCUAGGGUUUUUUUCUGACAAAGAUUUCAUCUUCAAUACUGACGGGGAAUAGCAAACACAUCUGGCUUAAAAUCCUUAAAAGUUGCUUGCAUUAGUCCUAAAUCAAAUCAGGAACAGACUUUAAACAGGAUGGGCUAUGUGAUUUCUAACGUCCCUUCCAUUAGUAAAAUUCUAUAAUUCUAUAAAGGAUGCAUAUUUUUCUGAGACUUCACACUUUGACGGUAAAUAGAUUUUUACAGCUACCCUGGAGCCUGAUUGUUUUGACAGCUGCAUGAGUUAGAAAUAGAUGCAAUACACAUUCAAUUGUGUACGAUGAAACAUUUUUGGGAUGAUAUUCAACAAAUAUUUAUGAAGAACAGAGUUUUGAAAUAUUUUUUUUGUUUUAUCUUUCAUGCAAAUGCCAACCAAAAUUCAAGCCAACUACUUGGUCCUGUGUUUUCUCUGCAGUCACCAAAACAGAGAUGACCAUGCCUUGGAUUUCAAUACAGUGUCUGAAUUUUUUUUAGAAAAGAAGCUUCACUGCUUAUUGUAUUAAAAGGAUUCACAAGAGUAUGAUUCUUACAAAGCAUUAAAUUUAGUUCAAUCCAAGCCUUGCUUGAAUGGUUAAAGAAAGUACAAUCCUUCAACAGGUUAUAAACAAAAUGCAAGCUACAAUAUUAUAUAAAGUGACAGAAAUAAUCAGCCUCUGCUUCUCCAAAGCAUCUGGGAGUGGAAAAUCCAAUUUAAAGUUGCUUUUGGUUCUACAACUAAAAGCUUAAUAUUAUAAAGUUUUAUAUAGCCUAUGAAGUAGUUCCCAGACAAGUUGUUAGGACGGUGAUGACAGAGCAUCUAACCUUUUAAAAGACCAGUGUCUCUGCUUUGCUCUGUUGAUUUUCGUGAAUCCCACUCUCAAAAAAUGGAGCUCUGUAGGCUUGGCAGCUCAAUUGUUAUAGAUAUUCUUUGCAUAUUCAUGUAAAACGAAAGUGUGAAUGACAUUGCGGUGAACUAGAUUAUUGAUCACAGGUGUAUUGGUGUGCUCAAAGAAAGAUGUCCCACAUAAAAAAAGGAAAAAAAAAAAAGGUUUGUGAUUUGCUUCUGUUAAUUGUCAUAUUUAUUAUUGUGGCAAGACAGCCAUAGUGGCCAUAAGAACCAGUGCAUGGUUUGCACAAGUCUGGUUAUCACACUGAUGCAAUUUGUAAUUACCCAAAUCUCUUCUAUGUUCUUGUGGUUCAUGGAUUUUGUCAUAGGAAGAAGAAAACAAAAUCCCUUCCAGGGAGGAGAUGGACUAUGUUAACUGCUAGUAGCUGUCUCCAGAAUCUAAACAAUCCCAAUUCCUAGAAGUACUAAGUAUGAUGAACAAUUUGUUGGGUUUUUUGUUUUUUUAAUGUAUUCAUGUAUAUACACAGCAGCAAAACGUAAUGGUUUUCUGAUUGUCAUAGGACCAAGUCUGUAUAAAUCAUUGCUCUGCAAAGUGGUGUGGAGGGUAUGAGAUGAAGAAGCAAGCAGAUAAAAUAAUAUGGGUGGAAAUGAAAUGCACCAACUAUGCAUAGACACAGGCAUGAUCAGUUGUAUUUUUUAAAAAUCUGGGCCUUUAAAGAACUAAAAUCUUGUAAUUAAGUUACUCUAAAAUUUUUCAUCCAAAGCUUUAAGGUGAAUCCAUGACUUUUAACACUAGCUUUGAGAAGCUUAACUAUGGGUUUCACACAAAAAUAUUAAUCUUGCUUCAAUUUUCUAACUCGUUUUCUGGGCUUUAUAUCAAAUAGUCCAGUUUUUCCAAACAGAUUAGCAAUGAUAAAAGGCAUUUUCAGAGAAAUAUUUCAUCUGAAAAACAUUUUGAAUAUCACUGUUUUCACCUAGAGGGCACAGAUUAUUUCUAUAAUAACCACCCCAAACAAAAUUAAAGCAAUCUCUUUACAAAGAUAGCCAUCACAGCCAUAUGCACAAUCCAAACCACCAUGAGAUGAGACAGUAAAAUAAGGCCUCAUGAAUUCAAGGUUAUGCUUAAUGCUUUAAAAAAAAAAAAAAAAAAGAUUCCCAAUGGGGUGGGAGGCGCCGAGUAUUUUUAAUAGGAAAAAUAUGAUAAGUUAACAAAAUAGGAUUUAAGGUUAUUGUACCAAGAAAACAUAGCACAAAAGGUGGUAACCUUAAUAUUUUUUUCUGUAGUUUCUCUCUAUGCAGUACUUUCAUUAACCCCCCAAAACAUUUUUGAUUCAGAUUCCUUGUGCAAUUGUCACGCAGUGUCUAAUUAUCUUUCAGUCCGAAAGAACUAUAUAAAUUAAGCAUCUAGUAUUAAAGGUUUAUUCUUUUGUACAGUAAUGAUGCAUAUAGACCUUCCAAUGGAGGGUCCUACUCUUUUCUGUAUCCAAUAGUUGUUUUUGAACUCAUGAAGUGUGCUGCUCUAGAGACUGAAAAUAAUGUUGCCAAAAAAGAAAUUCCCUAGAAAAGAGCAUUAAAAUUUUUUUUCAUGUCUUUAUAUAGAUAGAUAUAAAGUAAAAUGGAACUAAAAUUAAAUAACCAACUAUCAGCUCUCAUUGAAAACCCUGAUUCUUUUCAGUUGGGGAAAUAGUCAUUUUGGGUCUUAUUAAUAGUGUAAGCCCUCAGAGUUUUACCACUAAAGUAUUAUGCAUAUCAUGGAAAAAUUAAAUGGAUGGCCCUUUCCCUUCUAUUGAGAUUGUGGAUCAUGAGUUUAGUAACAUGAAUAAACCUCCAAAAAACCAGAGCCUAAAAGUUAAUUCAUCCAAUGUAACAGAAAAAUACAAGAGCAGGAGAAGGGGGGAGAAGAUGACUAGGAGAGCAGGAAAAAUAGAGGGAAAAAGAUGAAGGCUGCUGAAGAAUGGAAUGAGUUAUCUUUAAAAGAAGGCUCCAGAACUAACUCAGUCUAAACUGCACUUUACAUAGCCACCUUCUGCAAACAUUUGUGAUUUAUUAUUAUUAUUAUUUUUGCAAAAGGUGCCUUAAGUUCCUACAAUUGUCUAUAUUUUGUUUGGGAAAAUGAGCUCACUGUAGUGAGAAAAAUAUUAGAGGGAAGUAACACUGACUUAGAAACUAUGGAUUAUUUCAGUUGUUGGUAUUGACAUGAAUUUUAUUUUUCCUUGAUUCUCUAAUCAAAGAUUUUUGGGGAGAAAUGGACCUUUUAAUUUUUUUUAAAACUUGGAUUCUUCAGGGGUGGCAGUUUAACCAAGAAGGGUGAAAGCAGUUUUAUUCAUUUCUUUAAAUCAGCCCAAUGGUGCUAUUUCACAUACCCACCAAGCUGAAUGGAAGUACUGUUAUUUUGGGCUACAGUGUUUCCUCCACAUCUGAAGAAAGCCCAUUCUGAAAGUGAACACUGCACUUACACAAAUAAAAGAAUAUUCUGAUUGUGUGCAAUUCUUGAGAUUGGGCAUUUGUGUUACUUUGGUUUUAUCCAGUUAUCUUGCAUAAACAAUUAGAUGUUUUGUGAACUAACGUGUACUAAGUAAGAAAAUGAAGGACAAGAAAAUAUCUGUGGAAGAAAGUUUGUAUAUUAAAAAAAAAGUGACCUGAACCU